AUGGAUCCUGAGGCAAUUUUAGAUGAUCUUACAAAGUUAUCCCUUCAAAAACGAUUUAAAGAGAGUUUAGUGGACGACCUAUCAAUACGCUCAUCUGAUGAUUUAGAUAAUUAUGUGCGAGAUUUCCAGAUUGAUGAUUCUAUAUCAGAAUGUUUUGUUAGUGAUACAGAGACAACGAGCAGACACAUGAAACAGGAUGAACCAAUAAGAUCUGGAGGGAGUCACAAGCAAAAUGGUAGAAAACACAUAAGUGACUUAUUUAAAAGGAAAUCCAAAGAUACCACGAAGUCACACUAUGUUAAGGAAACAAAAUAUCACAAAGAAAAAGAAAACAUAUAUUUUGAAAUGAAAUCGUGCAUACCAAAGACUGCGUUGCUGAAUUCACUUCCAUCACAAGAUAUUCUGAAUGAAGAUAUAUCCGAUGAAGAUGAUUAUGUUUUACCAACACAAUAUCAACCUUUUGAAAGAAUUUCAAAUCUUAUUAGACAGAAUCGUUUAAGCGAAUUGGUAAUCUAA